UCUUAUUUAAAGCGGAAAAAAAAACCAGAAGAAAGAAAGAAAAAAGCAAGCAAACAAUCCCACACUGUUUUGAAAUUCGUCAGUUUCCUCUCGCUCGGCGGCUGCAGCAGGGGAGCGGAGUGGUGCGAAACGGAGGGGAGCGGCGCGGCGUGCUCCGUCUCCACAACAUGGCGGGCGCGGAGCCCUUUGCCGCGGUGUUGGGUGCCCUGCGCGGCUGCUACUCUGAGGUUACCCCGCUGGAGACCUUCAUCCGGCAGCUGCGGGAAAGCAGUGCUGGGGAGGCCGAGUUACUGCGGGGCGACGACGCCUCGUGCUACCGGACGUUCGUCGGCCAGUGUGUGGUAUGCGUCCCCUGCGGGGCCCGCGCCAUCCCCCGGCCCUUCACCUUCCAGCAGUUAUCUGGUCAGAAUGAAGUCAUUGCAAGAGUUAUUCAGAGACUGUGUGAAAAGAGAAAGAAGAAUAUCCUCGCAUAUGGAUACUCCUUACUGGAUGAGAACAGUUCUUAUUUCCCAAUCAUGCCAUGUUCACGUGUAUACAGCUACCUACCCAAUACUGUAACAGAAACUAUGCGUAUCAGUGGCCUCUGGGAAACACUGCUGAGCAGGAUAGGGGAUGAUGUGACAAUGUAUUUGUUAGAACAUUGUGCAAUCUUUAUGCUGGUUCCCCCUAGUAGUUGUUACCAGGUUUGUGGGCAGCCAGUUUAUGAACUUAUUACGCAUAAUGCAGACUCAUCCCCAGUAUUUGUUAAACAAAGGUUUUCAAAGCGUAAGCGUAGUAGUUUGCUUGACUAUAUGCAAAAAAGACUUAUGUUUCAUAGACAAUAUCUUUCAAAGUCACGUGGGUGGAAAUGCAGACAAAGACUUGAAGCUAAUGUCUCCAGUGUCAGAAAUACAAAAAAUGACAAGAUGCAAAGCUUAAUGUCCAGUUACCACUACUCUGCAAAAGAUGUUUCUAAAGCAGAUGAACAGAUCAGAAUGAUUACCGAGCAUCUGGAAAAACAGAGUAGCUCCAGUUUACGUUUGUCAGCUACAGCACAAUCUUUAAAAAGGAAGUGUGAUAGGGAGCAACUUGAAAUUCCAGCUAAAAGAGCAAAAGUAGAGGAGAAAGCAAGAGACAGAAAUGUUAAUAGUGUCACUGCUGAUGUAAAGCAAAGUAGUUGCAAGAGCUGUGAAGCUGGUUGUGUAGCAUCACAUUCUGUAUGCCUCAUUAAAAAAGAGCACAUUUCUCAAAGAAGUAAAAGUGAUAUGUUUGGUCCUUCCUUAGUUCACGCAUCUCAUGAUGGGAAGAAGAGUGUGGCAGGUGAAAGCUCUCUUCUGCAGGGAGUUCAGAGUAACAAGUGUUCCAAGUCCCUCACCGAAAAGCAAGCAGAAUCUCGUAGGAAAAGAGUAGAGAUGAAUAUGUAUGAAUCAAAGUUGGAUUCUGUACAAAGCAAACCUUUGGAAGGUAUUUCUUCAAAAUACAGAAGGUGGGAAAGUCCCGCAGCUCACUUGGCCAAGAAGUCACCAAAUAGGCUCUCAUGGUCUACAGUAUACAUUGACAGGAAGUUGCUUCUGUAUUCUCGUAGGGGUUUCAAAGAAUGUUUUCCUGAAUCUUUUUUAUUGAAUCGCUUGCAGGGCUGUGAGGCAGGUGGAAGACUGCUUGUAGAAGCUAUAUUCUUAAGCCAAAAUGUGUUGGAGCAAAAGCACCACCAAAGUCUGCCACGUCACAAGUGGAGAAGGAAGAGGUUGCCCAAACGCUACUGGCAAAUGAGAUGCAUAUUUCAGGCACUGUUAAGGAAGCAUGGAAAGUGUCCUUACUUAAGUCUCUUAAAAAACACUUGCCCUGUUCGGAUAUUUGAAACCAAUGCAAAAAAACCAGAGCUACCUUGUCAGGCAGGCUUGCCUGGGGAGGUAGAGGUUCACAACAAAGCAGAACAGUUUGGAAAGGAGCCUGUUACAUGUAUGACAAGCAGCAGUAACACUGAUGUGCCAGAUAACUUAAAUGCUUCUCUCUCAAAAUCUCUGCAUAAGGAGUUGCAGAACGAGGAGCAAAACCCACGAGAGGCAAGUGAUUCAGACCUCAGGCACCUCAUCAAACAGUGCAGCCGGCACUGGCAGGUGUACAUGUUUGUGAGACAGUGUCUGGAGAAGGUCAUCCCUGCUGAGCUUUGGGGUUCAAAUCAUAACAAGUGCCGGUUCUUUAAAAAUGUGAAAGUGUUCAUUUCCAUGGGGAUGUUUGCUAAGCUUUCGUUGCAAGAGUUGAUGUGGAAGAUGAGAGUGAAUGACUGCUUGUGGCUUCGUCUAGGCAAAGGUGAUCACUUUGUUCCGGCCUCAGAACAUUGUCUCCGUGAAGAGAUUUUGGCUAAAUUCCUGUACUGGGUGAUGGGUACCUAUGUCGUUGAGUUGCUCAGAUCAUUUUUCUAUAUCACCGAGACCAUGUCCAAGAAGAACAACCUUUCCUACUACCGAAAGCUUGUCUGGGGCAAGUUACAGAACAUCGGAAUUAGAAACCAUUUUGCCAAGGUAAAGCUACGUGCUUUGUCUUCGGAGGAGAUUGAAGCUAUCCGUCAGAAGAAGACCAGUCUUGUGGCAUCGAGGCUCCGGUUCAUCCCCAAAACACAUGGGUUAAGACCCAUUGUAAAAGUGACCAGUGUUGUUGAAGCGCAAGCACUCAGCAAGGAGAGCAGAGAAAAGAAGAUUCAUCACUACAAUACUCAACUGAAAAAUCUGUUUAGUGUGUUGAAUUAUGAACGGACUAUAAACACCAGCAUUAUUGGCUCUUCGGCGUUUGGGAAGGAUGAUAUCUACAGGUCAUGGAAGAAGUUUGUUACAAAGGUUCGUGAGUCAGGUGGUGAAAUCCCUCAUUUCUACUAUGUAAAGACUGAUGUGUCGAGGGCUUUUGAUACCAUUCCUCACAAAAAACUUGUGGAAGUGAUUUCACAGAUCUUAAAACCCGAGAAACAAACCGUCUACUGCAUACGGCGCUACGCAGUGAUUAUGAUAACCACAAGUGGAAAAGCCAGGAAGCUCUAUAGGAGACAUGUUUCUACUUUUGAGGAUUUUUUGCCAGACAUGGAGCAGUUUUUGUCCCAUCUUCAGGAGAAUACCUCAUUGCAAAAUGCAAUAGUGGUUGAACAGAGCCUAACUUUUAAUGAAACAAGUUCCACUCUGUUUGCCUUUUUUCUUCACAUGCUACAUAACAGUAUUCUGGAGAUUAAGAAAAGGUACUACGUACAGUGCUGUGGAAUUCCACAGGGAUCCAUUUUGUCAACCUUGCUUUGCAACUUAUGCUAUGGAGACAUGGAAAACAAAUUGCUCUGUGGAGUGCAGCAGGAUGGAGUCCUCAUACGUCUCAUUGAUGACUUCUUGUUGGUUACACCACAUUUAACACAGGCAAGAACUUUCCUAAGGACUCUGGCAAUGGGUAUUGCUGAUUAUGGCUUUUCAAUAAACCCCCAAAAGACAGUUGUGAAUUUUCCUGUUGAUGAUAUCCAAGGAUGUUCCAAAUUUAAACAGGUGCCAGAUGAUCAUUGCAUCUUAUGGUGCGGGUUAUCGUUGGAUAUACGGACACUUGAGGUCUCCUGUGAUUACUCCAGUUAUAGCCGUACUUCUAUCAGAGCAAGUCUUUCCUUCAAUGCAAGCACAACAGCUGGGAAAAACAUGAAAUACAAAUUGAUUACAGUCCUCAAACUGAAAUGCCAUGGCUUACUUCUUGAUUUACAGAUCAACAGCCUUCAAACAGUUCUUCUCAAUGUUUACAAGAUUUUUUUACUUCAGGCUUACAGGUUCCACGCCUGUGUCCUCCAACUUCCAUUCAACCAGAAAGUUAGAAACAAUCCUGACUUCUUUCUAAGGAUCAUCUCUGAGAAUGCGUCAUGCUGCUAUUCUGCCCUGAAAGCAAAAAAUGCAGGUGUUGCUUUAAGUAACAGAGAUGUCUCUGAUAUGUUCCCUUCUGAGGCAGCAGAAUGGCUCUGCUACCAUGCCUUCACCGUCAAACUGUCAAACCACACGAUUAUUUACAAAUGCCUGCUAAAGCCCCUGAAAAUUUGUAAAAGGCAGCUUUUAAGGAGGAUCCCAAAGGAUACUGUGGCACUACUGAAGACAGUGACAGAACCAUCUCUUUGUAAAGAUUUCACUAGUAUCAUGGACUGAUUGAAGUUUAUUUCAUUUAAAAUUUUGCUAUAUGCUUAGAUGCUUUUCUCUGUAAUUUAUUUUGGUAGAGUGGACCAAAACCAGUUUCAGUCAGGAAGUUUCUCAUGUUUGUUUCCCAGAUAUGACACAAGGACUUAAAGAACAGACAGCUUUGUUAAUGCACUCUUGUUUGUGUUUGUAAAUUCACAGGACAUUUGAAAUAACUGACUUGAUUUUGUUAAAUAAUUCCUGGCUUCUUGAUGAAGGCAUUCAACUAUGUGCUGUAUGAACAGAUGUACAUUUUUUGUUUCAGUGUGUUGUUUCUGAAGAAUUGGUCUUUGCUUCUCUGUGUGCCAGACCAUUUUGUAAUAAUAAAUUGUUUGAAUUGCAGUACUUGUCUUCAAUACCUUUGUUUUAUAGUAAUGUUGUCCCAUUCUGAAAGACAGUUACCUGCACAGGGUAAGUGCAUUUCAUGGCACUGCCUAGCAGGAUGGAUAGAUUAGAAAUUCUGUGCUUCAGAGAACACAACUAAUACAUGCCAAAAUUUCAGCAUUAAAGCUGUUUAUGUUUAGUGUGCAUUUUAUAUAUUUUGAAUACUAGUUGAUACCGUGAUAUGCAGAACAAUGGUGCUGCAUUUAUACCUACAAAACAAAGGUUCUUGAUUAAAUAAGAUACUGAGUAGGCUACUCCUCUGUUUGUUUUUUCUGUUCUUUAUUUAGGAUUAUCUUUGGCUCUGUCAUGUUACCAAAAUACUGCAUAGCCCUUGGUGUUAGCAUGUUGUACACAGCUGAAUUUUACCCUGUGACUGCUCUGAUAAGUAUGAGGUCUUUUUUCUCUUCCAAUCUUGUAUGUUGGAUUUGUAUUGCUUUAAUGCUUGUUGUUGUUUUGGCUUGUUGUUGUUAUUGUUGUGGUUUAUGUUUUGUUUUGUUUUACUAGAAUUUUUCUGUCUCUGUUGUAGACUGAGUAGCAGCUGCUAGGAAGUUUUCUCAAGGCAAAUGGAAGAUACCUUGUGGGAGUGAAACAUAGUGCAGGUAGUGUUACUCAGCAGAUGUUUCCAAAGGACUGACAGACACCACCAAACAAUUUCUAGACAUUGAUUUGCAGUAUUGCAUCUGUCCAGUAAUACCAUAACUCAGUUCCAAAUGUACAGUUGGUCAUACACUUGUUUACUUUUUCCUUUCUGUGAAGGAGUACUGUUAAAAUAAAAAACACAAAACCCCAACAA